GCCCCGCUCCAUCGCCGCCGCCGCGGAGUUGCCGGAGCGCACGUGGAGCCGCCAUGGGCUGCCUGGUGCUGCAGGACGGGUCGGUGCUGCGCGGCCGUCCCUUCGGGGCUGCCGGGGCCGCCGCGGUCGGGGAAGUCGUCUUCCAGACCGGCAUGGUGGGCUACCCCGAAGCCCUCACCGACCCCUCCUACAAGGCGCAGAUCCUGGUGCUCACCUACCCACUCGUCGGCAACUACGGGGUCCCCCGGGAUGAGACCGACCCCUUCGGCCUCAGCCGGUGGUUCGAGUCCAGCAAGAUCCACGUGGCUGCACUGGUGGUGGGCGAGUGCUCGGAGACCCCCAGCCACUGGAGUGCAUCCCGCUCCCUUGACCAGUGGCUGAAGGAGCAGAACAUCCCUGGGCUGGAAGGUGUGGAUACUCGGGCCCUAACAAAGAAGAUCCGCGAGGAGGGAACACUGCUGGGGAAGCUGGUGCCAGAUGGGACUCCUGAGCAAAGCCUCUCCUUUGAGGACCCCAACAAGCGGCACCUGGUGCAAGAGGUGUCGCUGAAGACGCCCCGUGUGUUCCAUGCUGGUGGGUCGCCGCGCAUCACGGCCAUCGACUGCGGCCUCAAGUACAACCAGGUGCGGUGCCUGUGUGAGCGGGGGGCGGCCGUCACCGUGGUGCCCUGGGACCACCCGCUGGAUCCCGCAGAUUUUGAUGGGCUGUUCAUCAGCAAUGGUCCUGGGGACCCGCAGCUCUGCCGGGAGACGGUGGCCAUGCUGCAGCGGGUGCUGGACAUGCCCCAGCCCAAGCCCAUCUUUGGCAUCUGCCUGGGCCACCAGCUGCUGGCACUGGCCCUGGGUGCCAGCACGUACAAAAUGAAGUACGGGAACCGUGGUCACAACCAGCCGUGCCUGCACGAGGACACGCGGCGCUGCUUCAUCACGGCGCAGAACCACGGCUUCGCGGUGGAGGCCGGCAGCCUGCCCCCCGGCUGGGCCCCGCUCUUCACCAACGCCAACGACGGCUCCAACGAGGGGCUCGUCCAUGAGCACAAGCCCUUCUUCAGUGUUCAGUUUCACCCUGAGCACUGUGCUGGCCCCACCGACCUGGAGGGGCUCUUUGAUGUCUUCGUGGAGGUGGCACGGGACCUGCGGAGUGGGGACAGCAGCGCCCGGACGGUGCGGCAGCGCCUGCACGACUGGCUGAGCUCCAAGGAGGGGGCAGCGGGGGGCCAGGAUGCAUCCCGGCCCCGCAAGGUGCUGAUCCUGGGCUCCGGCGGCCUCUCCAUUGGGCAGGCGGGAGAGUUUGACUACUCGGGGUCACAGGCCAUCAAGGCACUGAAGGAGGAGAACAUCCAGACCGUGCUGAUCAACCCCAACAUUGCCACAGUGCAGACCUCUAAGGGGCUGGCUGACAAGGUCUACUUCCUCCCCAUCACCCCUGAGUAUGUCACUCAGGUGAUCCGGAACGAGCGCCCUGAUGGGGUGCUGCUGACCUUCGGGGGGCAGACAGCCCUCAACUGCGGUGUGGAGCUCACCAAGGCGGGUGUGCUGGAGCGGUACCGUGUGCGGGUGCUGGGCACCCCUGUCACCUCCAUCGAGAUGACGGAGGAUCGCAAAGUCUUCGUGGAGAAGAUGGAGGAGAUCGGGGAGCACGUGGCACCCAGCGAGGCGGCUGCCUCCCUGGAGCAGGCGCAGGCAGCAGCCGAGCGUCUGGGGUACCCGGUGCUGGUGCGAUCUGCCUACGCCCUGGGGGGCUUGGGCUCUGGCUUUGCCAACAGCCGGGAGGAGCUGGUGGCCCUGGUGAGCCAGGCCUUCACCCACACCUCCCAGGUCCUUGUGGACAAGUCACUGAAGGGCUGGAAGGAGAUUGAGUACGAGGUGGUGCGAGAUGCCUAUGACAACUGUGUCACGGUGUGCAACAUGGAGAACCUGGACCCGCUGGGGAUCCACACGGGUGAGUCCAUCGUGGUGGCCCCCAGCCAGACCCUCAAUGACACCGAGUACUUCAUGCUGCGGCGCACGGCCAUCAAGGUGGUCCGGCACCUCGGCAUUGUGGGCGAGUGCAACAUCCAGUUUGCCCUGAACCCCGAGUCAGAGCAGUACUACAUCAUCGAGGUGAACGCCCGGCUCUCCCGCAGCUCCGCCCUGGCCAGCAAAGCCACUGGCUACCCUCUGGCCUAUGUGGCUGCCAAGCUGGCCCUGGGCAUCCCCCUGCCCCUCCUCAGAAACUCGGUCACCAACUCUACCACUGCCAACUUUGAGCCCAGCCUGGACUACUGCGUGGUGAAGAUCCCACGCUGGGACCUCAGCAAGUUCCUGCGUGUCAGCACCAAGAUCGGCAGUUCUAUGAAGAGUGUGGGGGAGGUCAUGGCCAUUGGCAGGAACUUCGAGGAGGCUUUCCAGAAGGCACUGAGGAUGGUGGAUGAGAACUGCAUGGGCUUUGACCACACAGUGAAGCCAGCCUCCGAUGUGGAGCUGGAGACACCGACGGACAAGCGGAUCUUCGUGCUGGCGGCUGCGCUGCGGGCUGGCUACUCCAUCGAGCGGCUCUACGAGCUGACUAAGAUCGACCGCUGGUUCCUGCACAAGAUGAAGAACAUCACGGACCACGCGGCGCUGCUGGAGUCGUACCGCGAGGAGCAGAGCACCAUGCCACCUGCCAUGCUGACGCGGGCCAAGCAGCUCGGCUUCUCCGACAAGCAGGUGGCCCUGGCCGUGCUCAGCACCGAGCUGGCCGUGCGGAAGAUGCGGCACGACCUGAAGAUCCUGCCAGUGGUGAAGCAGAUUGACACGGUGGCAGCAGAGUGGCCAGCCCAAACCAACUACCUGUACCUGACCUACAAUGGCACCGAGCACGACCUGGCGUUCCGCGAGCCCCACGUCAUGGUCAUCGGCUCUGGCGUCUACCGCAUCGGCAGCAGCGUCGAGUUCGACUGGUGUGCUGUUGGCUGCAUCCAGGAGCUCCGCAAGAUGGGCUUCAAGACAAUCAUGGUGAACUACAACCCCGAGACAGUGAGCACUGACUACGACAUGUGCGACCGCCUUUACUUUGAUGAGAUCUCCUUUGAGGUGGUGAUGGACAUCUAUGAGCUGGAGAACCCCGAGGGCGUCAUCCUGUCCAUGGGUGGGCAGCUGCCCAACAACAUCGCCAUGGCCCUGCACCGGCAGCAGUGCCGUGUCCUGGGCACCUCUCCAGAGGCCAUCGACUCGGCUGAGAACCGCUUCAAGUUCUCCCGCCUGCUCGACUCCAUCGGCAUCAGCCAGCCCCUCUGGAAGGAGCUCUCUGACAUGGAGUCAGCCAAGAGCUUCUGCUGCAAGGUGGGGUACCCCUGUGUCGUCCGGCCCUCCUACGUGCUGAGUGGUGCUGCCAUGAACGUGGCCUACUCAGACAGUGACCUGGAGAAGUUCCUGAGCAACGCUGUGGCCGUGUCCAAGGAGCAGCCUGUUGUCAUCUCCAAGUUCAUUCAGGAGGCCAAGGAGAUUGACGUGGAUGCAGUGGCCUGUGAUGGUGUGGUGGUGGCCAUUGCCAUCUCGGAGCAUGUGGAAAAUGCUGGGGUGCACUCAGGGGAUGCCACGCUGGUGACACCCCCCCAGGACAUCACCCCCAAGACACUGGAGCGCAUCAAGGCCAUCGUCCAUGCUGUGGGGCAAGAGCUGCAGGUCACUGGGCCCUUCAACCUGCAGCUCAUCGCCAAGGACGACCAGCUGAAGGUGAUUGAGUGCAACGUCCGCGUCUCCCGCUCCUUUCCCUUCGUCUCCAAGACGCUGGGGGUGGACUUGGUGGCUCUGGCCAGCCAGGUGAUCAUGGGUGAGGACGUGGAACCGGUGGGACUGAUGACAGGCACGGGCAUUGUCGGCGUCAAGGUCCCCCAGUUCUCCUUCUCACGCCUGGCGGGUGCUGAUGUGGUGCUGGGCGUGGAGAUGACCAGCACGGGCGAGGUGGCCUGCUUUGGGGAGAACCGCUGCGAGGCUUACCUGAAGGCCAUGCUCAGCACUGGCUUCAAGAUCCCCAAGAAGAACAUCCUGCUGACCAUCGGCAGCUACAAGAACAAGAGCGAGCUGCUGCCCACGGUGCGGACCCUGGAGAGCCUCGGCUACAAGCUGUAUGCCAGCCUUGGCACCGCUGACUUCUACACGGAGCACGGCAUCAAGGUGAUGGCCGUAGACUGGCACUUUGAAGAGGCAGACAGCAGUGAGGCCGGUGCCCGAGAGACCCAGCGCAGCAUCCUGGACUACCUGGCUGAGAACCACUUUGAGAUGGUCAUCAACCUCUCCAUGCGCAACUCGGGGGGACGCCGGCUCUCCUCCUUUGUCACCAAGGGCUACCGCACCCGGCGCCUGGCCGUUGACUACUCUGUGCCACUCAUCAUCGACAUCAAGUGCACCAAGCUCUUCGUGGAGGCACUGGGCCAAAUCGGGGCAGCCCCUCCACUGAAGAUGCACGUGGACUGCAUGACGUCCCAGAAACUCAUCCGCCUGCCAGGCCUGAUUGACGUCCAUGUCCACCUCCGCGAGCCGGGUGGUACCCACAAGGAGGACUUUGCGUCAGGGACGGCGGCUGCCCUGGCAGGAGGCGUCACCAUGGUGUGUGCCAUGCCCAACACCAGCCCCGCCAUCACUGACGCUGCCUCCUUUGCCCUGGCACAGAAGCUGGCUGAGGCCGGAGCCCGCUGCGACUUUGCCCUCUUCCUGGGGGCUUCCCCGGAGAACGCUGGCACACUGGGCGGCCUGGCCGGGGCAGCUGCUGGGCUCAAGCUGUACUUGAACGACACUUUCUCCAGCCUGCGAAUGGACGAUGUCUCUCUGUGGAUGGAGCACUUCGAGCAGUGGCCGCAGCACCUGCCCGUGGUGGCCCAUGCUGAGCGGCAGACAGUGGCUGCCAUCCUGAUGGUGGCCCAGCUGUACCAGCGCCCUGUGCACAUCUGCCACGUGGCCCGCAGGGAGGAGAUCCUGCUUAUCAAGGCAGCCAAGCAGAAGGGGGUGGCAGUGACAUGUGAGGUGGCACCGCACCACCUCUUCCUGUGCCGGGACGACCUGGGGCGCCUCGGGGAGGGCCAGGCGGCCGUGCGGCCAGCGCUGGGCACACGCCAGGAUGUGGAAGCGCUCUGGGAGAACAUGGACACCAUUGACUGCUUCGCCACGGACCACGCCCCCCACACGCUGGAGGAGAAGCAGGGGCAGGAGCCACCCCCUGGCUACCCUGGCCUGGAGACCAUGCUGCCGCUGCUGCUGACAGCUGUCUCCGAGGGGCGGCUGACUGUGGAGGACAUCAUCCAGCGCCUCUACGAGAACCCCCGCAAGAUCUUUGGGCUGCCAGCGCAGGAGGAGACCUAUGUGGAGGUGGACCUGGAGCACGAGUGGGUCAUCCCCAGCUGCACAGCCUUCUCCAAGGCCCGCUGGACCCCCUUCAAGGGCAUGAAGGUGAAGGGGACAGUGCGGAGGGUGGUCCUGCGUGGGGAGGUUGCCUACAUCGAUGGGCAGGUUCUGGUGCCCCCUGGCUACGGGCAGGACGUGAAGAAAUGGCCAUCAAGCGUGGUGCUGGCACCGCACGCAGCCCCGGCCAAGGAGAGCACGAAGACCCCCGAGCGGCCCCGGCACACGGUGGCCAGUGAGACGCUGCGCAGCCGAGCCUCCAGCCCCCGCCGCGACGGGCGCUUCCACCUGCCCCCGCGCAUCCACCACGCUUCCGACCCCGGGCUGCCAGCUGAGGACACCCGGGACAAGGCUGGCAGGAAGAUGGUGGAGGCAGAUCCAGCUGUGAUCCAGGAUGGCUACAUCUACCCACCAGGACCCUUUCCACGCCAGGCGUCCCCCCAGGGCAUCCCCCACUUCCAGACCUCCCCGCUGCUGCACCCCCUCGUUGGGCAGCACGUCCUCUCUGUCCAGCAGUUCUCCAAGGAGCAGAUGUCCCACCUAUUCAACGUGGCGCACACCCUGCGCAUGCUGGUGCAGAAGGAGCGGAGCCUGGACAUCCUCAAGGGCAAGGUGAUGGCAUCCAUGUUCUACGAGGCGAGCACCCGGACCAGCAGCUCCUUUGCAGCAGCCAUGAGCCGGCUGGGUGGCUCUGUCCUGUCCUUCUCGGAGGCCACCUCCUCGGUGCAGAAGGGCGAGUCACUGGCCGACUCUGUGCAGACCAUGUGCUGCUAUGCUGAUGUGCUGGUGCUGCGGCACCCCCAGCCCGGGGCUGUCGAGCUGGCUGCCAAGCACUGCCGCAAGCCGGUGAUCAACGCUGGGGAUGGGGUGGGCGAGCACCCCACACAGGCUCUGCUGGACAUCUUCACCAUCCGUGAGGAGCUGGGCACGGUCAACGGCAUGACGAUCACCAUGGUGGGCGACCUGAAGCACGGGCGCACGGUGCACUCGCUGGCCCGGCUGCUCACCCAGUACCGUGUCAACCUGCGCUACGUCACCCCCCCUGGCCUGCGCAUGCCCCCCGACAUCACCGCCUUCGUGGCUUCCAAGGGCAUCCAGCAGGAGGAGUUCGGGAGCAUCGAGGAGGCUUUGCCAGACACCGACGUGCUCUACAUGACCCGCAUCCAGAAGGAACGCUUCCACCGGGCCGAGGAAUACGAGGCUUGCUUCGGGCAGUUCAUCCUCACCCCCCACAUCAUGACCCGGGCCAAGGAGAAGAUGGUGGUGAUGCACCCCCUGCCCCGUGUCAACGAGAUCAGCGUGGAGGUGGACUCGGACCCGCGCGCCGCCUACUUCCGCCAGGCGGAGAACGGGAUGUACAUGCGGAUGGCGCUGCUCGCCACCGUGCUGGGCCGGCCCUGACGCGCAAUAAACCCGUCACUGCCCGCGCACGCCUCGUCGCGCCGCCCCGCGCCAUGGCGGGGCUGUGGCGGGGCUGCCG